AUGGGGUCUUGUACUUAGAAACUGAAAAAGGCUAACUAAGAAAAUCUCCAAAGAAAGCAUAUGCAAAAAACUUUGUAGGUUUAGCAUUCAAAAAAUCAAUCAAUCCAAACUCAAGAAUCUGUUCAAGAGAAAAAAAAGAAGGAUAAGUUUUUGUAAACUGAUUAAUCUCUUAACAUCCAUAAUUUCAUUCUGAUUUAAACAUGUAAAUUGUCUAAAGUCUAUUCCAUUGUUUCCAACAACAUUAAGGAUAAUUAAGUUUAAACCCAAAAUAAGUCAUACAUUGAAAAUAUGCAGAUCAUAUAGAAUAAUCUGACUGGGAGAAUUAGAGUAAUGGAGACACUAAAAUUGGACGAGAAAUAAACUAAACAAUACAUGGAUAAUAUUAUAGCAAAUCCUUUAUCACAUCCUAACAUCGCACAAACACAUGAGAUGUAUUAGGACGAUGAAACUAUCCAUAUAAUUCAUGACUAUUGCAGUGGAGGACGAUUAAGUACCCUAUUUGUAAAACUGGGCCAGGGGAUAAGUGAGCAUAUAGCUUUGAAGAUAUUGGUAUAGAUGAUAGAAUCCUUGAAUUACCUUCACAUGAAAGGAUUCAAUCAUGGUCAUUUGACACAAAAUAGUUUUUCAAGAACAGAUGAAUCAGAGAACUAUUUUAUUAAACUCACUGAUAUAAAACCAAUUUACUUAAAGCCUUAGGUUACGUUUGAGCAAUUAUAGUUUUUUGCUCCUGAAGUAAUUGAUAACGAUUAGGAUUAUUCAAUUGCUAGAGAUGUUUGGUCAAUAGGCAUCAUAUUUUAUAAGCUUCUAACUGGAAAUCUUCCUUAUUCAUCAACUUAAUCGAGUAAAUUGAAAUAAGAAAUACGAAAGGGUAUUCUCUAAUUUAGUGAUUUAUAAUUUGAUAAAGUGUCCACCAGGGCUAAGGAAUUAUUAAGUAAACUACUCUCCUUUAAUCCAUCAAUAAGAUCUGAUCUUAAUUAAAUCAUCAAAUCACCAAUGUAUAGAAAAUUAGUAUCUCAAACUAAACAAAUUAGCCAAUAAUCUGUAAAUGCCUUGACGAAUAUUAAACCAGCCAAUGUUAUAUAAUCAUUGUUCUUAUAAUUUUUGGUUAGUUAAUUUUGCCAAAACUAAUAAAAUGAAAUUUAUUAAAUGUUUAAUAAAUACGAUCAAAAUGGAGAUGCUAAAUUAAAUAGGACUGAAAUAUGUGAACUUUUAUAUUAGUAACUUAGAUCUAAAGAGUAAGCACAAAAACAUGUUGAUUUGAUAUUUUAAGCAAUCGAUACAGAUCAUAAUGGUACCAUUGAUUGUGAUGAAUUCAUUAGAUGCAUUGUAGACAGACAGGCAUUGAUCACUACUCCUAAUCUUAAGGCGAUAUUCAAAAUAUUGUCUAAUGGCAAAGGAUCAAUUCACAAAAAACGAUUUAUGCAAUGUUUCUAGGUUGAUUAAAAAUAAACUGAUGAGAUGUUUGCUUCCAUCACCAAAUCAAAGAGAAUCACUUUCAAAGUAUUUUCCAAAACCAUGAUGGAACUUGUAUGA